AUGGCGGAACGCAUCAGCUAUGCAGUCGAGACUCAAGGGCUUUUGCCCACGAACCACUUUGGUGCACGGAGGCGCAGGUCCGCAGUUCAAGCACUCGUGCUUCUGCAGGAGCGAAUUUACAAGGCCGAGAGAACGGGCAGAAUGCUCAGCCUCAUCAGCUUUGACGUCAAAGGCGCAUACAACGGAGUGUGCAAAGAGCGAAUGCUCGAAAAGAUGAAAGCCCGAGGCAUCCCGAACCUGGUGCAAAAACGGAUCAGUAAUAACGGUGGCUCCAUCGCCUUCGUGGAAGAUUUCUCUGCCUGGGUCACGGUGCCAACGGCAGAGUCAAACAGAAAUGGUAUCCAGUCGAUUAUCGAUGGUGCGCUUGAUUGGGAGAAGCGCAGCGGCGCUACAUUUGAAGCAGAGAAGACAUCCUUCAUCCACUUCACACGCAUCGCGGAGCGCGACAGCGACCUGUCUCUCAUUAUCAAAGGAAACGAUGUCAAGCUGAAGAGCAACGUGAAGCUGUUGGGGGUCAUCAUGGACAAAGCGCUUCGCUGCCAGAGCGGCCGCCAAGGGGCUGGCCGUAGCCAUGUGUUUGAAACGACUGAAGAUGGCUUCGCCACAGCCAUGGACUAUGCCUCAAACGUGUGGUCGCGCGCGUACGGGGUGAAAGAAGCGGCGUGGAUUGGCAGGGCCCAGCGAAUCGGAGCCCAGGCUGUUACGAGAGGCUUCCGCACGGUGGCAACGGUAGUGGCCGAGGCCGAGGCCGGCGUGCAAUCGUUCCGAGAACGGCAUGUUGAAGCGGCAGCGAAAUUCUGGAUAAGGAUGCGGACGCUCCCGGAGACGCAUCCUCUGACAUCGUUGAGGCCCAAACUGAACAGGAGGUAUGCGUCGCUAAUGCAGAAGCUCGCCUUGGCGAUGGGAAGCCGAGACACCAAGCGCCUGGAAGUCAUCCGCGAGUUCGCACUGGCGCCGUGGGACGAACGAGUGCAGGCAACCUAUAAGGCAGACCGAGUGGAGGUGUUGAAGUCGGAUGACCCGGAGGACAUCACUAUUGCGACGUCCAGCUCGCAAAGGGAAGGCAAAGUCAGGUUGGGAGGCGGCGUUCGGGAUGCUUCCCGCGACAGCGCAGACGAAGUGCUGGCCAGCUACUCGGUCACUCUCGGCUCCAGUGUUGAGCAGAAUGCCUACACAGCACCAAUCCGAUGCAAUCGCCACGGCUCUGAGUCAUCGGGCGGCCACGGCAACAGUCUGAAUGAGGAGUUCACUCUAGGGCCACUGGCCAAAAUGCAAGCGAAAAUUGCGACGCGAGACGAGUGCGUCGCCGAACCAGCAAUUUUCAGCAAGAUCAACGACGUUACGACUGCUGCUCAACGAACACGCUCGCGUUCGUCAGAUCCCGGAAGGGGUUUGAAAGCACUCAAGGCGCAUCGAUAA